CCUUAUUCCCCCUUAAAAAGACCGUUUCAGUUUAUCGAUUUAUUUGAAGUACUGAGGGCAGUUGGGGAGUAUGCUUGUUCCCUCGUCAUUACACUCAGCUCUACUUCACUUUCCCUUCAAAAUCAGUUCCUUUUUUGCUUUCUUCUCUUCAUCAACGCCAUUACACAGAACAACAACUCCUUCUUCUUCUUCUUCUUCUUUUACCCACUUACUCAAACAAUGCAAAUCUUGUAUCAAGGCCAAACUCGUCAUUACCGGCGCUUUUUCACCCUCAGGAAACCCGACAACAUGGUCAUCCCAUGUUGUUUUCUGGUGGAACAACCUCAUCAAGCGCAGUGUUAUUCUCCGACAUCACGAAACUGCUCUAACCCUCUUUAGAGAAAUGUUAAGACUUGAUUGGAAACCCGAUGGCUACACAUAUCCGUAUGUACUUAAAGCAUGUGGUGAGAUUAAGUCUCUAAUUUGCGGUGAAUCUGUACAUGGAAUGGUUUUACUAUCUGGGUUGGACUCAAAUGUGUUUGUGUGUAAUGGGGUUAUUGCUAUGUAUGGGAAAUGUGGGUUGUUGGGUCAUGCACGCCAGGUGUUUGAUGAAAUGCUUGUGAGAGGAACUGCUGAUGUUAUUUCGUGGAAUUCUAUUGUGGCUGCUUAUGUACACAAGGAUGAGGAUACGAAGGUUUUGGCGUUGUUUGAUUUGAUGGUUUCGUUGAAUAAGUUUGAGCUGCGUCCUGAUGCUGUUAGUUUAGUUAAUGUGCUUCCAGCUUGUGGUUCUAUGGGGGCGUGGAGACGAGGGAAACAACUUCAUGGUUAUGCGAUUCGGAGAUGUUUACAUGAGGAUGUGUUUGUGGGAAAUGCGGUCGUUGAUAUGUAUGCGAAAUGCAAGCGUUUGGAUGAUGCUAACAAGGUUUUCGAGCUAAUGGAGGUGAAAGAUGUGGUUUCUUGGAACGCGUUGGUAACUGGGUACUCUCAGAUAGGACGAUUUGGUGAGGCUUUGAGACUGUUUGAGAGAAUGAGGGAAGAAGAGAUUGAUUUGAAUGUUGUGACAUGGAGUGCUGUGAUUUCGGGGUAUGCACAGAGGGAUUUAGGCUAUGAAGCGCUCAAUAUCUUUAGGGAAAUGAGGCUUUCUCGGGCAGAGCCAAAUGUCAUCACUCUUGUUUCUGUGCUUUCAGGUUGUGCUGCUAUUGGAGCACUGUGUCAAGGGAAGGAAACUCAUUGCUAUGCCAUUAAAAGAAUGCUGAGUUUGGAAGGCAGCAAUGCUGAGGAAGAUCUCAUGGUGAUUAAUGCUCUGAUUGACAUGUAUGCAAAGUGCAAGGAGAUGAAAAUUGCUCAGGCUAUGUUUGAUGAUAUUGACAGGAGAGAUAGGAAUGUCGUCACAUGGACAGUCAUGAUUGGUGGACAUGCCCAGCAUGGCGAUGCCAAUGAUGCUAUAGAACUUUUUUCGGCCAUGCUGAAGGAUGAGUACUCUGUAAUCCCAAAUGCAUAUACUAUAUCAUCUUCUCUGGUGGCUUGCGCUCGUCUGUCUAGUCUUAGGAUUGGUAGACAAGUUCAUGCAUAUGUGUUACGACAAGGGUAUGAACCUACAAUGGUUUUUGUGGCUAACUGUCUCAUUGACAUGUAUGCCAAAUCUGGAGAUGUUGAUGCAGCUAGACUUGUGUUUGAUAACAUGAGCCAGAGGAAUACUGUGUCAUGGACAUCCCUGAUGACUGGCUAUGGAAUGCAUGGUCGCGGGGAGGAGGCUCUCCAAGUGUUUAACGUGAUGAGAGGAGCAGGUCUCCCCAUAGAUGGUGUAACUUUUCUUGUUGUGCUAUAUGCUUGUAGCCACUCUGGUAUGGUUGACCAGGGUAUGAAUUACUUCAACAAUAUGAAGGAGGAUUUUGGAGUUGUUGCUGGGGCUGAACACUAUGCUUGCAUGAUUGAUAUUUUGGGUCGUGCUGGUCGACUGGAUGAAGCUAUGAAGCUCAUUGAACGCAUGCCAAUGGAACCAACCUCAGUAGUAUGGGUUGCACUACUUAGUGCUUGUAGAGUCCAUAAAAAUGUGGAUCUUGCGGAGCAUGCUGCUGCAAAGCUGUCAGAACUGGAAUCUGAGAAUGAUGGGACUUAUACACUUCUUUCAAAUAUAUAUGCUAAUGCCAAACGUUGGAAAGAUGUGGCCCGGGUUAGAUCUCUCAUGAAACAUUCUGGCAUAAGGAAGAGACCCGGAUGUAGUUGGGUUCAAGGAAAGAAGGAGACUGUUACAUUUUUUGUGGGGGACAGAUCUCAUCCAAUGUCUGAAAAGAUAUAUGAUCUCCUAGAAGACCUGAUUCACUGUAUCAAAGCAAUGGGCUAUAUACCGGAGACAAGUUUUGCUCUUCAUGAUGUGGAUGAUGAGGAGAAAGGCGAUCUUCUUAUUGAACAUAGCGAAAAGCUGGCCCUUGCUUAUGGCAUUCUCACGUCAGCUCCUGGAGUGCCUAUUAGAAUAACCAAGAACCUGCGAGUUUGUGGAGACUGUCAUACUGCAAUGACAUACAUCUCCAAAAUCAUUGAACAUGAAAUUAUACUGAGGGACUCAAGUCGCUUUCAUCAUAUCAAGAAUGGAUCUUGCUCUUGUCGAGGGUUUUGGUAGAAACUUUUGUUCUUGUGGAACAUUUGGAAUUUCUGAUGGUAUACAAGAAAAAAGCUCUUGGAAAUGAAGUAGAAGUUCAUAAUCAAAUUAUUGAACUGCGAGAUUUGGCAUACUUCUGCUUUCCAGAACAGAGGCGGAUCCAGGAUUUAAAUUUUACGAGUUCAACAUUUAAGGUUCUUAGCAUUCAACCCAUUAUAUCGUUAAAAUUAUGGGUUCAUAUCUACUACUUGUUGCAACUUUAGUGAUUUUUACACAUAAAUUUAUGCACCGUGCUAAAAGUACUGGGUUCAGAUGAACCCGGUACCGCCACCUCUGUUCCAGAAGAGUGACACCGUGAAUGCAACAACAUGGGAGCAAGAGUAUAGAGUGAGGCAUUUUCUUUUUAACGGUACUUCCUUUCCAUCAAGUCUCUAUUUUCCAAGCUCGAUAAACUAGUGGCCCCCGAUAGGCCAGCUUAUGACAUGCAGGUGAAGCAAUUCUAUUACGAGAGAAAUUUGACGCAUUUGAUGGCAUCAUAAUGACAGAUUCUAUCGGUCUCAAUUUUGGCUUUACAUAAAGCACUCUCAGAUCAACCAAGGGACCCUUUGGUGGUUGCUGCAUUUAGCCUUUGGAAUGUCAGGAUCUGGACUUGGCAGCUUUAAAAGAGGAAGUUGUGGAACUGGCAUUUGUCUCACAAGCAGUGGCAAACUAACCUAAAGCGCCCUAUUCAGAUCUAGUAUUUAUUCCAUUAGCUCUCUAUUUAAAGGCGUGCAAGGGUUGCCAAUGCAUUAGAAAGGGGAAGGAGAAGGGAUUUGUACCUAAGCAAGGUAGCAAGAUAGACUAUGAGUUGUUAGCUUUGGGUAGCCUACAGGAAGUCCGACAUGUCUUUGCAAGGAUUGUCUUCGAUACCAUAUAUCCAUUAAACACUGGCGAGGAUGAUACCUAAAUUUACAGCAGAAGUCAUGUGUAUUUGCCAAUAGAAUGUAAUGUGAUUUGCAGGAAAGGAUGAUCGGUUAAGUGUAGGAAAUAGCUUGAUCCUAUAAAAGAGUUUUCCUGUUUACUCUUAUCUAUUUGCUAGUUUUUGGUGAAGGUCUUUUCUUUGUGGUUUUAGAUACAAAUUUUAUAAUGAAUGAAGAAAAGAAAUAUCAUCUCAUCACAUGAGAACCA